AUGAACUCCGCCACUCAGAUUAUCAAGAGAGCGAUUUUCCUCCCGGGCAGCGUCGUCGGGGCUGGCCCCCGACACAACAAGACCAAGGUCGAGAAGAAGAAGAAGGAAGAGGAGGAGGAGCGUAAAGACAUCAAAAAGAUGUCCAAAAAAGACAGGGAGAAGGAAAUUGAAAGGCUGCAGGCAGCCAUUCUUAAGGAGGAAGAGGAAAUUCGGCGCAAGAGAGAGAAGAUCGUGGCUCUGGAGGGGGUCAUGGGGGAUGGCGAAGGCGGGAGCGAGGAAGCUGAGCAUAUGGAAGAAUGA